AUGACUUCGGACAUGAACGAAAACAAGACCUUAUCAAACCUAUCUUCGCUUCCCACCAAUCAAAAAUCGCUUCUUUUUUUCGAUCCGCACACAUUUUACAACCGUGUACGUAACUUCCUAACCACAUUCAGCCGCAGUAGCAAAAUUUACAUCACCGAUGCUUACGAUCAUCGUUGUAACGGUUUUUUUAAUGAUCGCGCCGAUACGAAGUGCCCUUUAAAUAUGCUCAAGGAAGAUGGAACUCAGGGAAACGUAUUCGUGAACCACCCCGCCUAUGAACCUAUUUCUAGUCCAACCAUAAAAUCCAUUAUAUCCGGUGAGAAUAUCGAAUUUCUAAAUGACUUUAACAGUAAUCAUAUCGUUUACGCAAUGACUGGCCCGACCUUUGAAACGCUCGAAAAUUUUUAUGAUGGUAAAACACGGCAUCAAAUAAAAAUCACGUUGAAAAACACUUUAGGACACAAAAAUGGUUAUCUAAAGAAUUCUAACGAGUUUAUUAUACACCGAUCCAUUGUAAAUUGUGACGCACUUGAUAAUUUUAAAUGCGGAAACGAAAAUCAUGGUUAUGUCCAUAGCAAAGAUGUUAACAAUAAUAAUAUUAAACGUAAAGGUGCCCAUCUCGACGAUAUUAGUAAUAUAAUUCCAGAUAACACUUCUUCUGACAUUCUACUCAAUUCCCCAUAUACCUCUAACGGAAUAUCUCUACCUUUCUGUAAUGAUGACCUAAUACCUACUUUAAAAAAAAUUGAUCCCACUUCACCUGGUCAUAUAAUGCCGUUUGAAUUCCAACCGGACUUGUUGGACCGACUCUUGGUGGAUGGUUGUUGUGUGUUCGCUCGUAUGACGCCAGAAUGCAAGACGCGUCUAGUGCUGAGGUACCAACGCUUGGACUACUAUGUUGGUAUGUGUGGCGAUGGAGCCAAUGACUGCGGCGCCCUCAAGGCCGCUCACAUGGGAAUCUCUAUGGCCGUGUCUGACUCUCAACCUGAAGAGGUCAUUAGCGAUAAAAAUGAUGACAAGUCGACAAAGAAAGAUAUAGAUAUUGAAGGUAACGUUGUUGGCAAUAAUAAUGGGAAAAUUACUUUACGGCACCGUGUAAAACGGGCCUUUAGGUGCUCAACCCCUAACGAUGAUGCCUCUAAGAUGGAAGAAGGUGCAGUAGGCACGGCCUCUUUGGCGGCACCUUUCACUGCAACCCACGGGAACGUAUCUUGCGUUCCAGGAAUUAUCAAGGAAGGCCGAGCAUCCCUCGCUACCUCCUUCUGCGUUUUUAAGAAUAUGGCUUGUUAUAGUCUUAACCAAUUCGUAGCCGUGCUCUCCCUAUAUUGGUUUGGAACGAAUUUCAGCGACGUUCAGUUCGCGUUCGCCGAUUUUUUCCCCGCCACCGUGCUAACCAUGCUUAUGGGUUAUACCCAGGCGAAUCCUCAACUUCCUACAGUUCAGGCUCUAUCAGACACAUCGUCAUUUUCUCAUAAAUCAAAGGCUAAAUUUAACUGAUAACGCUAAUGGAGAUUUGAAAAAUAUGGCCUCCGUUAAAUUAAGCCACAUAGACUAUUAUAAAGAAAAACGCCGAUGCAAGAACUACAACAAAGGCGGAGACUUUAAUAAAUUCAAGCCUGAUACCUCUCUGGCGCAGGCUCGCCAUUUGGGUUCGGUAUUGGGUCACAUAUUUAUAAAUUCUCUCUUCUUAGCCGUCGUCUUGACCUACACUCUUAGACAACCAUGGUGUCUUAAGGCUACAGAGCCUGAGAUUGAUCACAAAAACCCCUAUUACAGUCACGCCGUUGCUGCAGUUUUUAUAUUAUCCUUCUUUCAAUACCUCACAUUUACUGUUGUUUUUUCUAAGGGUUUACCCUUCAGGAGACCUUAUUACACCAAUCUCCCUCUCUUAACUAUAACCGUCUUACUCGUUGUAUUCUGGGUGUAUAUCACCCUUGGAAAACCAUAUUCCCAUUUAUUAUUGGGUCGGUUUUUUAAGCUGAAAUACCCGCCCAUUAUUUUUCCCUCUCUUUUCUACCUAACUUUGGCGCUAUGCAAUUUUGUGGUAUCUAUGUUUUUUGAGCGCAUUUUACUCGAUAAAUGGUUAGCUGGAUACUUAAGGAACCGUAGUAUACUCUUAAAACCUAACAGACCAUUGAAAUACCUUACAUUUUCUAGUUUUUCCCGGGAAUAUUGCACUGGGCAAAAUAUGUGAAAUUUGAUUAUUUUUUUCUUAGUCAAUUAUUAAAUAUAGAAAGGGGCAUUUUUUUUUUACUUUCAAUUCCUAUUUAUAAAUUCUUUUUUUCCAAAUUAAAUAUAAGAUGCAUUUUUGUUUUUAUUUUUUACAAAAUAUUUUACCUCGCAUCACGCUGUAUUUAAUUUAAUGACAUUUAUCAUGCAAGUUUAUAAUCUGGUUACUACUAUUUUCGCCGAUUUUCAUUUUAUGAAAAAAAUAAAUGGGAAUCAAAUGCCUGGUAUUUUAUGAGUAUUAAUUUUUAUUUGCAUUUUAACAUUAUGUAUGUAUGGGCCUUUUACUUAUAUUAUUUUAUAUAUAUAAUAAAACGACGAAUUCUUAUUUAAAAU